UCUCAUUCAGUGAGUCAGAGUGUGGGUUGACAGCUGAGCCAAGCCAUGGGAUUAGGCUGCCCUGAGGGUCACUUCUGGGACGGCCUGGUCAGGGUGUGUGUGACCUGUCAGAUGGUCUGCCAGCAGCCCCACCAGCACUACAGAUGCACUGAGUACUGUGUGUCUCAGCGGUGUAAGGCGGACCCAGGUCAGUUCUACGACAGGCUUCUGAAGAAGUGUAUGAGGUGUGCUGUGGUGUGUGGCAGCCAUCCCUCCGAGUGUGAAGACCAGUGUCAGACGCAACUGCCUGCCUUGACGCCCACCUUGAGGAUUACGGACGAGAGUGUCUUACAGAAGACAAACACCAGGGGGGGCUCGUUGCCCAAAGGUCUGCCCAACUCGGCUAUAAUGGUCUACUCUGCACUGGGCUUGUGUCUGGCGCUGCUGCUGUUGACCAUGUCUGGUGCCAUGCUUGUGCUGCUGAGGGCCAGAAGAAGGGGCCCACAACCAGGAGCCACACGGAGAAAACAGACCCAGGGCCAUGGGGAUCAGCCGGAGGGCCAACAGCCCAACAAGCACAGUCAGUCCUCUGAAGGCCUUUUUUCCCCCUCAUCAGCAUCAUCUGUGCCAUCUUUAGACUGCCUGCCGGGUCAGUCUCUGCCCCGCGGGAACCAUGUGACGGCGGCAGGCCGCUCCUCCUGUCCCACAGAGACCUGUGUGUGUGUUCACUGCUUCCCUGACCUCAGAGUGCCCGGCAGGUGGGAGAAGCAGCACAAACCCCCUCUCACAAUCUACCAUCAGGCUGUACCCCAGGCCCUCUGCACGCCUACCACCCCACCCCACUGUGGAGCAUCACCCAAAAUCAUCUGUUCCCCGUCUCAGCCCAGCUUCUCUGACGGCAGUCCAACUGAAACACACUAGACACUACGGCAGUUUCAACCCCAGGCGGUUCAGACCAUGCCCACACCAGGGGGGCGAUUCCCUUAGAGAAGGCACUUCAGAUCGGCUCCCCCUUCCUUGUCCCAACCUGUCCUGAGAUCAGCAUCUAGGGUCAACUUCUCCAAACAUCAUGUAGCCCAGGUACAACUCUGACACUGUGAUGCCAGCAGUCUGAAGAAAAGAAUAGGUGGUGAAAGAAAAAAAACAGGAUGAGAAACAGUACUGAGGAAGAGAAGGAAGUACAGAAGAUGACGCAUGCCUGUAUGUACAUACACACCUUUGACAUGUAAAUAAAAUCUUUGAGCACACAGGACAGUAUAGAUAUAGAUUUUU